CUUGUACUCUGUCUUGUAUUUACGUGAUACGCCUACUUCCGGUGAGUAGCUUCCGGCGCGUGAUAAUUAUCACUGUCAUGCUGCUGUCCGGUGUGGUUCGAGCGGUCAGACAGCACUGCCGCAGGACUCCUGUCCUCACGCUCUUCACCAAGGAGCCGUGUCCUCUGUGUGAUGAAGCCAAAGCAGCGCUGGAGCCCUACAGACACCGAUUUGAGCUGCAGGAGGUGGACAUCUCUCGGCCGGAGAACAGAGUCUGGUUGGACAGAUACGGUCAGCACAUCCCCGUGUUUCACCUGAACGGACAGUUUCUGAUGCAGCACCGUGUGAACGCAGCGCUGCUGGAGAAGCGUCUGGAGGAAGCUCAGUAACGUCCUUCAGCUGCACCUGAUCCUGCUCUCUGCCUCAUCACCCACAAUCCUUUGCACUCACACCGUUCAAAGAAAAGAAUCCGCACAGAGCUCAACCCAUUUCAUUAUGCAAUGCAGAGAUGAAGGCAGAUGUUUUCUUCAGUUUUGUUGUGAAUGAAUCACGCUUAGCUGUGUGAUGUAAACCACUGACGGUUGUCAUUAUCUGUAUUGAAUUAAUGGAAAGAUUUCUAAUAUAAAGUAUUUUUCUAUAAUUCAUUUGUGUUGUGACUGCAGUGCAUUCUCCACGUCAAGAAGC